AAUUGUGAAUGGAACAGCUGUUUAAUUGCAAAACGACAAUUUUGUAAACAUUAUUUUUCGUUUUUAUCAACUAAAAUUAAAAUUUUUAAAAUAAUUUAAAAACAUAAAAAGAAAAAAUGGCCAAAGAUGAGAAAACGGGAACAAAAAGAUCUCGUCGAGAUAGAGGACGUGACAAAGCAAAACCACCAACAAAAAUUGUUAUACGUCACUUGCCACCCACCAUGACCGAGGAAGAGUUUCUUAAGCAAAUUGAUCCUUUGCCGGCACAUGACUUUUAUUAUUAUGCCGAAGCAGAUUGGUCCUUAGGAUUUGAUGCCACUUGUCGAGCCUAUAUAACAUUUAAGAAUUAUGAUGAUGUUUUUCUAUUUCGUGACCGUUUUGAUGGCUAUGUUUUCGUGGACAAUAAGGGUAAUGAAUAUGCGGCCAUAGUGGAAUUUGCACCAUUUCAGGGAUUUCUUAAGAAUAAAUCACGUGGCAGUGAUAAUAAGGUUAAUACCAUUGAACAGGAGUCCCACUAUCAACAAUUUCUUAAGAAACUAGAGGAAGAACGCGAGGCGGCCUCUAAAGGAGGAGAAACAAAAUUGGAAUUUUCUUUGGAUAGCAAAAAGGAAGAAAUAACUUCCACACCUUUGCUACAAUAUUUGGCUACUAAGAAGGAGAAACGACGUGAGGAUGCCAAGAAACGUACUGCAGAAAAGAAACGACGUCGUGAAGAGGAAAAAGAGAAACGUAAACAAAAUCAACCCACUGCCCAGCCCAUAAAGGUAUUAACUCCCGAAGUCUCUAACAAGAAAGCCGAUAAUUCCGAAACGAAAACUAAUCAAACUAGAGAAGAACCCAAAAAUGCCAGAGCUCGUCGUCGCGAGGAACGUAAUCGUUUAAGACAUGAGGCUUAUUUGCAAAAGAAAAAAGCGUUCGAAGAGCAAAAGAAACUGGGAGGUCUAACGACAAAUGCGGAAAAAGAAGCAGGCAAUAAUCAAAAUAAAAAAGAGGAAGAGCACAAAAAAGAUAAAGGCAACGAAAGUGAUGCUAAAACCUCCUCUGAUACCGCUAGCAAACCUGUAGAGAUUUUAAAGAAAUCUAAAGCCGAUGAACUAACCGAAUCUGUACGCAAUUUUAUUUUCACAGCUGCCACCAACUUACCUACGGUAACGGCGGAGGAUAAAACAGACAAAGAAACUAAGACGGAAAUAGAAAGUAAAACUAAAUCUACGGAGGAUUUGGAAAAGUUACAGGAUAAACUAGCAAAAGUUGAUAUCAAUAAAAAUGCUUCGAAUAUGGAAGAGGAUAGAAAGCCUGUCAGGGAGGAAAAAAACAAACGGGAAAAAUUGACACAAAAGCAAUUGGAAGAAAAACGUGAGGAGCGACGCAUAAGAAAUAAGGCACUAACACAGGCAUAA